AUGACAUGCAAUUUAAUACCUUUUCGACCUUCGAUUCAGUUCCAAGGGCUCCAAGGGCUUGUCAAAAUUCCCAAAAAUGAUCCCCUCAAUGAAGUGCAUAACUUUAACUUCUAUUUGUCAAAUGUGGGCAAAGACAACCCUCAAGGCAGCUUUGACUGCAUUCAGCAAACAUUUUCCAGCUCUGGAGCCUCCCAGCUCAAUUGCCUGGGAUUUAUACAAGAUAAAAUUACAGUGUGUGCAACAAACGACUCGUAUCAGAUGACACGAGAAAGAAUGACCCAGGCAGAGGAGGAAUCCCGCAACCGAAGCACAAAAGUUAUCAAACCCGGUGGACCAUAUGUAGGGAAAAGAGUGCAAAUUCGGAAAGCACCUCAAGCCGUUUCAGAUGCAGUGCCUGAGAGAAAGAGGUCAACCCCCAUGAACCCUGCAAAUACGAUUCGAAAGACACAUGUCAGCAGCAGUGUUUCUCAGCGGCCAUAUAGGGACAGGGUGAUUCACUUACUGGCACUGAAGGCCUAUAAGAAACCUGAGCUGCUUGCUCGACUCCAGAAAGAUGGCGUCAGUCAAAAAGACAAGAACUCACUGGGAGCAAUUCUGCAGCAGGUAGCCAAUCUGAAUCCUAAAGACCUGUCAUAUACCUUAAAGGAUUAUGUUUUUAAAGAGCUUCAAAGAGACUGGCCUGGAUACAGUGAAAUAGACAGACGAUCAUUGGAGUCUGUGCUCUCUAGAAAACUUAAUCCAUCUCAGAAUGCUGCCAGUACCAGCCAUUCAGAAUCACCUGUAUGUUCUAGUAGAGAAGCUGCAUCUUCUCCUCAGAAACGACUUUUGGAUUCAGAUUUUAUUGAUCCCUUAAUGAAUAAAAAAGCUCGAAUAUCUCACCUGACAAAUAGAGUACCGCCAACAUUAAAUGGUCAUAUGAAUCCCAUCAGUGAAAAAUCUGCUGCAGGCCUCCCGCCGCCCCCUGCAGCUGCUGCCAUCCCCGCCCAUCCACCGCUGCCUUCAACUCACCUGCCUAUCUCAAAUCCUCCUCAGACUGUAAAUUCUAACUCCAAUUCCCCUAGCACUCCAGAAGGCGGGGGGACUCAAGACCUACCUGUUGACAGUUUUAGUCAAAAUGGUAGUAUCUGCAAGGACCAGCAAGACAAAUAUACCUCUAGGACUUCUCUGGAAACCUUAACCCCUGGAAACCUACUAAAGUGUCCAAAGCCUAUGGAAGAAAACCAUUCAAUGUCUCACAAAAAGUCCAAAAAGAAGUCUAAAAAACACAAGGAAAAGGACCAAAUAAAAAAGCAUGACAUUGAGACUAUUGAGGAAAAGGAGGAGGACCUUAACAGAGAAGAGGAAAUUGCCAAGCUGAAUAACUCCAGUCCAAAUUCCAAUGAAGGAGUUAAAGAGGGCUGCACUGCCUCCACGGAGCCUUCAACAAUUGAACUCCCAGAUUAUUUGAUAAAAUACAUCGCUAUCGUCUCCUAUGAGCAACGCCAGAAUUACAAGGAUGACUUCAAUGCUGAGUAUGAUGAGUACAGGGCUUUGCAUGCCAGAAUGGAGACUGUAGCCAGAAGAUUUAUCAAACUGGACGCGCAACGAAAGCGCCUUUCUCCAGGCUCAAAAGAGUAUCAGAAUGUUCAUGAAGAAGUCUUACAAGAAUAUCAGAAGAUCAAGCAGUCUAGUCCCAAUUACCAUGAAGAAAAAUACAGAUGCGAGUAUCUUCAUAACAAGCUGGCUCACAUCAAAAGACUAAUAGGUGAAUUUGACCAACAGCAAGCAGAGUCAUGGCACUAGAACUCUGCUUGGACCAGAAGAUGUGAAUAAACUUAAGCUUAUUUAUUUAAAAUUCCAAA